AUUAUUAUUAUUAUUAUUAUUAUUAUUAUUAUUAUUAUUAUUAUUAUUAUUAUUAUUAUUAUUAUUAUUAUUAUUAUUAUUAUUAUUAUUAUUAUUAUUAUUAUUAUUAUUAUUAUUAUUAUUAUUAUUAUUAUUAUUAUUAUUAUUAUUAUUAUUAUUAUUAAUUUUUAACACAUUUUAGAGCUUUAAAAUUUAUUGGGCCAUUUGUUUUAAUGAUUUAUACCAUACUUUCACGUGAUAUAAGCCGUUUCAUACUUAUUUAUUCGAUAUUUCUCAUUGGAUUCUCGCAGUCAUUUUAUGUAAUUUUUGGUGCAUGUGAAAGAGCAAGUAAAGCAAAGUAUGGUACUCAAACAAAUGUUUGGGAGAAUAUUUUGCAUACACCAUUUGAGGCUAUUAUGAGAUUAUUUAUAAUGACCAUUGGUGAAUUUACAAUUUUUUAUCGAUCAUUAAAUACAUGCGAAGAACGAAUGAUGCAAAUAAUUGGUAAGGUAAGAUUCUUUUCUUUUUUUUUUUCUUUGUAAAUUUGAAUUUUGU